GGCCAUCUCGCUCCCCCGCGACAAGGGGAGUGAAGCGACCAAAAAGCGACAAUAAAAUCGCCUCUUGCACGCCGUCUGCUCAUUAUUUCGCGUUCUCCGCUCAAAGCAAAUACACACACCACACACAACAACCAUGUCUCUGCAGUCGGACGCCGUUUUCCAGAAGAUCAUCGAUGGACUGAAGGAGAACGAGGCCAAGGCCAAGGCGGUCAACGGAGUGUUCCUGUACAAAAUCACCAAGGACGGCAAGGUGGCCAAGGAGUGGACUCUCGACUGCAAGAACGCCAAGGCCUACGAGGGACCCGCCCAGGGCAUCAAGGUGGACACCACCUUGACCGUCGCCGACGAGGACAUGGUUGACAUCGCCCUGGGCAAGCUGAACCCCCAGGCUGCCUUCAUGAAGGGCAAGCUGAAGAUCGCCGGCAACAUCAUGCUCACCCAGAAGUUGGCGCCGCUCCUGAAGACCGACGCCAAGUUGUAAAAAGGAUCCCCGCCGGACUAGCCUGCACAUUCCUUCUUUAGCUCCUUUUUUUUUCUACGUGUGUAAUGUGUAUUCGUGUUUUUGUUUCACCUAAUUCACAUAAUUAAUGUUAUUUUUGUACGGGAAAUCGUCUACAAAACUAGAAAAUAAUACAUAAGGCGAAAGCGACAAGCGACAAACGA